AUGUCCCAACCACUUGACGAAACAAGAUCAGUGGCCGAAAGUCUGCCGGAUGCCCCUGCAAGGCCGUCCUACAAGUCUUUCAAGAAGAAGUUUGCGAAACUGAAAAUGAGGUUCGAAGUGCAGAUGGGAGAAAGCGAGGCGCUCAUUCGCGAAGGAUUGCGCAUCGAGGAUCUUUCCAAGAGAAUCCAGGAACAGAACGAUCAACUUCUAGAGGUAUUGCUGGAGUUCAACGACAGCCUCCACGUCUCGCCCAGUCUACGAUACGAUUUGAGUGCACCAGAAGAUGAGACCUUCCUUCCGCCUCCCGAUCGAGACAUCCCAGCCUCUUACAAUGAUCCUGCCAUUGCGGGAUCUAUGCUCAAAGAUGCCAAAGGACGUAUGGCUGCUGGUCGCAUGACCGCUCAUGCCUAUCGUGAGCUGGAGGACGAUGUUCGGCGAAGCAAAGCGUUUGCACCGCACCUACACUACACAACCCUGACGCAAGUGCCCCAUUCGGCACCUUUGCCCGACAAUGAACCGGAAGAGCAGUACCCCGCCCACGAACUUGGAUUCUUGACUCCUGAGCAUGAAGCUGAGUAUUACUUGGCGUUGGACGCUAAGCUGGGUGAUGAGCAUGCCAUCGAGCAGCUCGUGUCUAUGCCGAACAAAUCAUCCUUCGUCGAGCGCGCACGGGAUGCCAAUCUGCGUAUACCGAUAUCGGUGCAUAACUGGCUCCGACGGAAUCAGCCCCAAAUAUUCCUACAGGACAACGAGAACGCUUCGGAAAAGUCUGGCUCCCGGCCCUCGCGUGCGUCUAAGAGAGCCAUCGCACAAGCUCGAAAGGAUGAGGACUUGUAUGAUGACGAUGGCUCCUUUUUGGAGACUGCAUCGACCACCGGGGGUGCCAAGGGCAAGCGUAAGCGGGAUGAAGACAGUGGAUACCGGCCCAAGGGUGGCAGCAGCCGUUCAAGCCGGAAGAAGAAGGACGAUGAUGGCUCUACUCCUGCCAAGCGGGCAUCGAAGAGAGCCUCGGGGGUUCCAUUCAGCAGCAAUUUUGGGAAGAUGGCUAUUACCAUUUUGCCUCCGGUGGUGGAGGAUGUCAAUCCCCCCACCUGGGACUCCGACUCAGAUGCGAUGUCCGUGGAUUCGGACGGCGGCGUGGAAUUGGCGGCGGACAAUGCAUCCAGACCCAGCAAACGUCAACGGUUGGUUGAAGGCACGGAUAUUGGCGCCGGAGUCUUGACGCCGGGUGAAGUGGUCACAGACGAUCCGCAAUGGAUGAGAGGACAUGGCACGUACACGAACCCACUAUCGACAUCUAUCAUCGCAACCGUGGCCGGUACGGUGCAAAAGACCAACAAGCUGCUGUCCGUGCAGCCGCUUCGCGCACGAUACACCCCGGAAAUCGGCGAUCUGGUGGUUGGGCGCAUCGUCGAAGUCCAGUCCCGUCGUUGGAAAGUCGAUGUUGCCGCUCCGUUGCUCGCGCAACUGCCUCUAUCAGCGAUCAACUUACCGGGUGGUAUUCUCCGCCGCCGCACAAGUGCCGAUGAGCUGCAGAUCCGGACCUUCUUCAGCGAAGGAGACUUGGUCGUGGCCGAGGUCCAGAGCGUACAUUCGGAUGGCGGCGCAUCACUACAUACGCGGUCUCUGAAGUACGGCAAACUGCGGAAUGGCGUCUUCCUCGCAGUGACGGGCACGGGCGGCAGUGGCGCAUCUAGCUCGACUGUCAAAGGUGGUGUAGGCAGCGCGGCGGCUGCGACGGGCGCCGUGGGUGGUGUGGUCCGGUCACGAAGGCAGGUGUGGACGGUCAGCACUGCCAACGGAGGUGGAGAUGUCGAUGUAAUUCUCGGUGUGAAUGGCUACAUCUGGAUUUCAAAGCACGCCGACGGUGCGACCGCGGCCUCGUCGACGACCGAGAAUGUUUCGAUCACCCGCAUGGAAGAGAUGGUGUCAAGCUCGAUCUACUCGAGUCAGAACGACGAGAUUCCGCCUCAGACGAGACGCGAGAUUGCCCGACUGGCACAGUGUAUCCGGGUCUUGGUGAACGGGGGUAUUCGGGUGGAUGAGGAGACAGUGAUGAGCGCAUACGAGGCCAGUCUCCAGGUGGACCUGGAAAUAGGCGAUGAUGAGGAUGAAGAUGAUCGGAGACGGGAGGGAAGGGAGUACCUGGAGGGAAGCAAAGCACAGCGUGUUCUUGAGUUGGUCCUCCAACGGAAAUGA